CACUAAAAAAAGGAUAAAAACACAACAACGAAGGCAUUAUAUGUGGGUGGAUCAAUCAGGAAGCAGCUCUUUGUUUUGCAAUGGAGGAUAUUACAUAUUUCAGUCUCAUAACCCUGAUACUAAGUUUAAUUUGUUCAACAUUUUUGUUGGGUUCAUUAGCAAAAGCAUACUUUACUUCUCGUCCUUGCAAGAUUUUUCUAUUAGAUUUUGCUUGUUAUAAACCUGUUGAUUCAUUAAGGGUCAGCCAUGAUAUCUUCAUGGAGCAAGCAGUGGGUGUUUUCUCAGAAGAGAGCUUGGAAUUUCAAAAGAGCAUUUUAGAAAAAUCAGGAUUGGGGCACUCGACAUACUUGCCGGAGGCCAUAUGGCAAGUGCCAUUUAAUCCAUGCAUGGCAGAUGCAAGAGAAGAGCUACAGACAGUAAUAUAUGGAUCUAUUGAUGAGGUUCUUCUCAAAACCGGUGUGAAAGCCGUUGAUGUGGGGUUUCUGAUUGUAAACUGUAGUCUCUUCAACACUAGCCCAUCUGUCUGUUCCAUGAUCAUAAAUCAUUACAAACUGAAGAAUGAUGUUGUAAGUUAUAACCUUGGUGGAAUGGGUUGUAGUGCUGGACUCAUAGCUAUGGAUCUUGUUAAACAACUUCUACAGGUGCACAUCAACUCUUAUGUCCUAGUGGUGAGCACAGAGAUCAUAACUCUCAGCUUAUACAAAGGCAACAAACGGUCCAUGCUAGUCCCCAACUGCCUAUUUCGAAUGGGAGGUGCAGCAAUCCUCCUAUCGAAUCGUCUUUCCGAUCAUAAAAACUCCAAAUAUCAACUCAUCCACACCGUGCGAACACACAAGGGUUCAGAAGAUCGUGAUUACAAGUGUACAUAUCAGGAAGAAGAUAGCAAUGGGAUCAUUGGGCUUAAUCUCUCAAAAGACCUAGCUAAAGUCGCCGAAGAUGCUCUAAGAACAAACAUAACUUUGUUAUGUCCACUAGUCCUUCCUUUAUCAGAAAAAUUUCUCUUCCUGACAAACUUCAUUGCAAGGAGGGCACUAUUCAUGAAAAUGGUCCCAUACGUACCAGAUUUCAAACUUCUGUUUGAGCAUUUCUGCAUUCAUCCAGGAGGUAAAGGAUUACUUGACAAGUUCGAGAAGAACUUAAAACUUAGUGAAUGGCAAUUAGAGCCAUCAAGAAUGACUCUAUACAGGUUUGGAAAUACUUCAAGUAGUUCUGUGUGGUAUGAACUUGCUUAUUCUGAAGCUAAAGGAAGGAUUCAAAGAGGUGACAAAGUUUUGCAGAUCGGACUUGGUGCAGGAUUCAAGUGUAAUAGUGCAGUUUGGAGUGCGAUAAGAACAUUAGAUCCUUCGAUGGAGAAGAACGCUUGGAUGGAGGAGAUUGAAUCUUUCCCUGUUCUUAUGGACACCGUAUUAUAAGCAUUUAGAAAUCAUGGUAAGUUCCAUUUGGACAUGAAAUGAGGGAAAUACUGGAUUAAUCAAUUAUGUUUUUUUUUUUUUUUUGUUUCUUGAAUCGUUUCUUAGCCUUCUGGGUAAUCUGGAACGACCUUUGCCCAAGGAAAAAACUA